CUGAACCCAAGCCAUAGCAUCCCGACCAUAGUUGACGAGGGGUUUGUGUUAUGGGAGAGUCGGGCUAUAAUGCAAUACCUGUGCAACAAAUACGAUGUCUCCGGCACUCUAUACCCGCGGGAACCUAAAAAGAGGGCAAUAGUGGACCGUUGGCUCAACUUUGACAUCACACUCAUGGGGUCCUAUAAAUAUGGAGUGAUGAUGAAAGCGUUCGGUGGUGCGGAUCCGCCCGAAGACAAGAUCAUUGCAAUGAAGAAUAAUCUGAAAUUAUUUGACCAAUUGAUCGGUGAUAACAAGUAUCUGACGGGCGAUGACCUUACGAUCGCAGACCUGGCGCUGUUGGUGACCAACUCGGCUCUAUUGCUCGCUAAUGUAGAUUUGUCUGAAUACCCAAAUGUCAAACGAUGGCUAACCUCCCUGACCACUGGUUUACCAUAUUUUACUGAAUUCAAUGUCUUUGAUCCGAAAGAGAUGGAGGUAUGGGUGGCCAAAAGUCAGGCGUAUUUGAAAAGACAAUUUAAUUGACAAUAAUUACC